GGUGAUUGGAAGACCCGGCUGGCGAUCCGAAUUCGCGGAUUCGACACGCCGCGGUUCCCGAUCCAUAAUAUGGCGUACAAGUUUCGCGAAGAGAUCGUGGGAAAGAGGUUUCUCUCGGUGAGUGGUUUCACCAAGCUAAAGGUGAAUAAGAUCAGUGAGUGGGGGUGGCGUGCAGGGGUGAUUCGUGCUGCCAGUCACAGGGAUAACGGCUGUCAUGAUCUUCAGAUCCUCGUAGAAUACGACGACGUAGAGUGGCAACGAAGGGAAUGGCUAUCGCCGCACAGGGACGCGGUGUUCUCGUUCUUCUUAGUGGAAAAGGGUCUGAAUUGGGCCGAGCGACCUGACCCCAGGCAUGCCAGCCUUAUCGCCAUCGAUCACCACAAUCACGCGAAUAAUAACCACCAGCAUCAUCGUAUCAACGGGAAACCCCUGAGGGGUGCCACUGCUGUCGCGAACACGGUCGCCUGGCCGGCUCUAACUUUUUACCCCCUGGUGGCGCGUGCAGAGCUACCGGAAGACACGAUGCCCCUCGAAUUCAUGCAGGAUCGAAGGCUUGACUUCGUCGACUACUCGAAGCUGAAGCCGUUCACACAAGACUGGGAGUUGACGAAGGGCUCUGUGCCCUGGGCGUGCGCUGUUAGGCGAUGGGCAGAGAUGCAGGACGGACAGAGAAUCUUGCUGACCACGCCGAGCGUCCUGGUCGGUUUCAGGGUCGAAGUUUAUCGUGCCGAGGGCACCACACAAUGGUACACUGCCGUCAUCGUCGGUUACAACGAGUCCACCAAGGACUUGACUGUCACCGACGACACAGUACUCGAGGACCACAACGAGGACCCCAGCCUAGUACAAAUGCGGCUGAUUGGCGACGGAGUUGUCGAGAGCAUCAUGAGAGGCGAGGUCGUCGGCAUGACACCGAGGAGGUCGAGGUCAUCGACUGCUCUGACGCACGCGCUUGUUGUGCCACGACCUGGAAGGAGGCCCCGUGGACGUCCUGGAAACGCCACACAGCUGCAAACUACGCCCAGGAUACAGAGCCCCAUUUCGCAGCAUCUCGAGAAAGAGAAGAACACCGCGCGCAACAACCGUCGGAGACGCGUUAGCGAAGGUGCCAGUCGCGAGAGGUUGGAGAAAGACACUAUCGAGACCAACCUAUCGACGCGACAGGAAGACCGAGAGAACAAGGGUCCACCCCCAGGCAGGCCCAGCAAUCGUAUUCCGCGAACAGUGUUAGAAGAAGCGAAUAGCGCGUCGAGUAGCGCCGCGAAAUUGCGAAAACGGGCCACUACCACUGUGGUAAAGAGUCCCGUCGAGAAUCCUUCACACAGGCCUGUACGACGAAGACCAAGGCCAGCUGGUGGCCAAGACACGAAAACAGAGCCCGAUGGUCUCGAUCACUCUAGCAUCGCAAAGUCUCCGGAGAAAGAAGAACGUCUGAGCAAUAGAUCAGACGAGGAGGAUCGCGUUGGAGAAGAAGACGAGGAAGAGCAGGAACACUACGAUCCCCUGACCAAGAGGCUCAGGACAAGUCCAAUAAGUUGUAGUAGGAAGCUCAGAUCGGAACGAAAGGGAGGGGGGAAGGGUUGCGAGGAAACCGCGUCAGAUCAAGAGGAAACAGAAGGACAAGAGAGGAAGCGGCAGGACGUGGGCGAAGGAGAGGACGAUAAGCUCGAGGAGAACGAGGAGAGUCAAUCUAGAGAGCGGGACAGGGAACCGGAGCCGCCACCUCCGAACAAAGUAGACCCUGGAGGCGACACGGUUCUCGAACAGAAGCAAGCGGACGCUUCGCAUCAGGAGAGGAACAAGGGCAAGGAACAGGUGUCCGUGAAUGGAUCGUCGGUGUUCGACGAGAAAGCCAGCGUCCUUCUCGAUGUUGGCGCGACGCUGCUGAAGCCCGCGUCCAACUCGAAGUCUAAGAAAAGCGCCGAGGAGGAAGAGGUGGAGGAGGUACAGGAGGAAGAAGAGGAGGAGGAGGGGGAGGAGGACGAGGAGGAGGAAGAAGAACGGGAGGAACCAGAGCGGAUACACGAAGAACAUCGAGAAGAGGAGCAAGAAGAGGAAAGGCCGAGAAGAACUGAGCUGACUACCGAGCUAGGCACGGAGGAUAGCGUGGGUAGCGUGAGCGGCGCGAGGGCGGCGAGCGUCGAAUCCGUGGUCGAGCUGCUGGAGUCGAGCAGUCAGGACUCAGGCUCCGUGCUGGAGAGGCUGAGUCCGCUUAGUAGCAGCGGCGGCGGCGGCUCAGGCAGGCAGAGCCUGCUCCUGGAGCAGCAGAGGGAGCAGGAGCGGAACAGGCACAACGAGAGUCCUGUCAUCCUAGCCGAGAGGCUGAACAAGCCGCCACCGCCGGUCGCUGGUCACCAUCACCACCACCUGCAGCCCUACCAGCAGCAUCAUCAUCAACAACCGCCGCCGCAUCAUCACCAGCAACGUUAUUCUACCGGUAGUCCUGUAAUCCACCAUCAUUCUCAGCAGCAGCAGCAACAGCAUCAUCAUCAUCAGGCUCAACAGCAGCUACACCAGCACCAGGUAGUGAGUAGUCCGCAUCAGCAGCACCAGCCCCCGCAUCAUCACCAGCUGACCUCAUCAGGCCUCCUCGAGGUGCAACAGCAGUCUCACACAUCGAGGGGCGGCGAUGAGGCCGGCCUUAUGGAAGUGGAGGCCGGGGCCGGUAUACCUGGAAGCGGUGUGCUCGCUGGUGUGCCUGCAGCGGUGGGCAUUCGAGUCGCGACCGGCAACGCGGCCGCGAGCGGAACUUAUGGCGACAGCGGCUCUGACAGCGGGGUAAGCUCCCUGAGGAGCGCUGGCUCGGGCGACGAGAGAACCGCUGCCGCCGCGACGCCGGCCAGGGUUUGGCACGUGCAGAGUGUGCAGCACACAUCCCUAUUGAUGGCGCAUCCUCAGCCACCGCCUAGUGCCGGGCCUAGUUCCGCGGCUGUGGCCGCUGCCACGGCCCCACCGGUUGGAUACCAGAAUCCUGCACCGCCGCCAGGCCAUCAUCAUGCCGCCGUCGCGUCCGAAAUGCACUGGAGGUCGCAGAGGUACCCACCCUUGCCGCAUUCUUUGCUGGUACCUGCGCAACCUACCACUGAGGAGAUCGUAGAGAGGGAAAGGAUGCUUCGGGAGCGGCGAGAAGCGGAAGCAGCAGCCCGGCUGGAGAAACGUGAACGCGAGAAGGAGGCCAAGAUGGAGAGGGAGAGGCUCGAGAAGCAAAGGGCCGCCGAGCAGGCAGUUCACAAGCACUUCGAGGAGUCCUUCAGGCUGGCACAUCAAAAGGUGCCUUAUGCUCCGCAGAGAAACAUGCAAUCGACCUCGAUGGCGUGGAACACGUUCAUCCCACUGCAACCGCCAGGAAGCAGGACGCACUCUGCGCCGCAUUCCGGAAUGACAACGCACGUGAGCCAUCAUCAUCUGGGGCCAGGUGCGGCCGCGGCACAUCCAGUGACGGUCGCGCAGCAACAGCAACGCGAACGGGAAGAACGGGAACGUGAGGCGAGAGAAAGAGACCCGAGGGAGCAGAAGCAAACCGAGAACUUGGGGAUAAGGGAACACCUGGCUGCGGCCGAGAGACUGCACUGGCAGGCCGAGGCUAGGGACCACGUCGUCGCAGCGGCGCAGCAGAGGGCCGCUUAUUAUGCAGCCACAGCACCUCCGACUCAACAGGUGCCUCGACCGUCGAGCGUACCUGGUAAAGUCGACUACCCACCACCACCGGCACACUCGAGGACGUCCAAGUCUUCGCUUCCCGUUGGUAGUCUCCUCGAGAAACCUCCAUCGGUGAUAGGAUCGUCGCACAGUUCCCUCCCAAAGGUCGAGCCUAACGUAGGUCUGUUCAAUUACUCGUCGUACCAGCCACAAUCAUCGUACAUGCACGACAUUAAAGUGAAGAGCGACGCGGUGGGCCAACCACACAAGUCUCUAACUAACAAAGGUGGCUUGGCAGGCGGUCUCGAAAGGGACCACCACGGCCGGGAGGUUCUCCAGAACCCACCAACCCUCCUAUCAGACCACAAGAGCUCAGUGAUAGUGAAGAACGAGGGUAGGGAACUGCCAAAGGCACAACAGCACUCGGCCAGUCCGAAGAUCAUGCCCUAUCUGAACGUGCAGUCGGUGCCUCCGCAGCACAAGCCGUACGAGUACAGAAGCCCCACGCAAAGUCCUCACCAUCUUCACCAUCUGGAUAGCCUCCAGGCGGCGAAGAGCAUACCUCAGAGCCACCACAGGAACAGUAGCGGGCCCACGACCACGACACAGUUACCCAGUCCCCAUGGGCAUCCACCGCCACACUCGCACAAUCGACAGUCGCCACACGCCCAGCAUCCUCAUCAGCCACCGCAUCCGUCGCCACCAGAGCCGCGGUAUCUGACCAGGCCGGAACCGGCGGGGCUACCUUUUGCUACUGCCAAGCCCUCGUAUCCGUAUCCACAUCCGCAUCCGCAUCCGCCCACGGCUUCGCCGACCUCACACUACACCGCGCCGGCCGGUUCGAAGCCGAAAGUCAGCAGCCCAGCGCCUCCACACAUCUACGGGAAGCCGAAUUCCGGUAUCAUGACCGGAACACCGGUCUGCAGAGCCUCGGAACCUGCAGUUGCAGCACCCUUACCUCUCACCUCGAAGGCGGGCAGCUCGCCUUACCAGCAAGUGCCUCACCAUCAUGGGGCGCCACCUCCACCUCUGCCUCCACCAGCGCACAGCAGGUCCGUCUACGAUCCCAGGGGAUACACGGGUUCCAUGCCUGCAGCCAAGCUACCACCGCCUCCUCUACACGGUUCUCCGCCGACAGCAGCCUCCGCGCCACUAUCUAGGCCCAUUGUCGCCCAUCCUGCUCAUCACACGAGUCCUCAUCAACAACCUGGACAGACUGUACAGCAGCAGCACGUUCAGCCCCAAAUCAACGCGGCCUUUCAAACUCAGCCGUUGGAUUUAGGUGUUGAAAGGUCUGGUUCGCCUAAGAGAAAGGCACCUACACCUUCGUUGACAGAGAAUCAUCCCGGUCAACCUGUUUCUUUGGAGGUAUGCAAGAAACGCAGGACCGAGGAACCACAACCGUUGUCCCUACAAUGCGUAGGACCGCCUGUACUGUCGAGAGUGAGUGAACCAAGUCCACUAAUCGCCUCAGCAGCCACCUCGAUCACUACUGUGGUAAACACGGCUGCUCUACUUGCUCAACCGAACAUGCAGACAAAUCAGGAGCGUAUCGUGACCGCCGCGGUCAGUCCAGCACCAAGAACGGCUAGUGGAGAUGGCUCUGUGAGACCAGCUAGCACUGGCAGCGUCAGCUCUUUGAACCCUACUGUGAGUGCAGCGCCUAGCCCAGCGCCCAUACCCAGUCCAGCGCCUUCCACGGCGCCCAGUCCAGCGCCCAGCGCACCUGGCACCCCAGCCAAGGUUACUAAUCCUAGUACAGUAGACAGUGAGAAGUCCAACAGUCCAGCACCUAGACCACCUAGUAGUACCAGUUAUCCUGUGCACAAGCUGAAAAAGGCUUGGCUGCAGAGGCAUUCUGGCGAGGAUGGUACAGAGGACACCACGGGGGUCGUGGGAAGUGGAUCGUGUGUCACGUUACCCAUGAACAUCUCCCAAGCACCCUCGCAAUCGCUCAAUAACAAGGAACGAGACGCAUCCUCGAACGUUUCUAGUAACGCGACUACCACCUGCCUGCCUAGCGCUGUUAAUUCCAUUCACAAUAUUGGCAGCAUGGCGGUGAAUAGUAUCAAUAAGAGUAAGGUGACCGCAAAAAGCAGUCGUAAAUCAGCGAAUAAAGAAUCCUUGAAUGGCCACGCCACUGACACGAAGACGUUACAAGAAGACUCGUCCAGCAGCGACCCGGAGAGAAAGUCGCCGCCAAAGAGGAAACCACCCAAGGUAAAACGAAAGAAGGGCGUCGCACGGAGGCAGCAAACGACCGCGGAAGAUCAGCGGAGGCGGAAAGAAGACAAGCAAGGCGGAGGAGCCGGUGUAGGCAGCGAGUCUAGCAACGAGAGCGAGGCUGGUUCGGCCAGUGAUACAAGCGAACAGUUGGGUUCCAUUCAACCUACGUCGAGGGUGCGGCAUACCACGGCCAAUUCCAACAAUUCCUCGGGAAACGGAAACAAUAAGGAACCCAGGAAACGAGGCAGAAGACCAAAGACUACGAAGGGGAAUGAGUUAGGGGGCGAAGAUCAGCAACCUCGUCAAAAAAAAGAACGUAGAGACGACAGCGCCAGCGGUGGUAACAACGGACCUGGCGGUAGCGGUGGUAGGGGUGAUCCCUUUCGUAGACCUCCGAUAUCACAACUAAAGAAAACCGGUGAUAGUUGGUUGCAAGACGGUGCUUGUUUCGAAGUCGCCCCGAAGUUGGCUAAAUGUCGUGAGUGCAGAUGGACACCGCACCAGCGCUCCAAAAACCUUCCACAAAAUAUUUUCUGCAGAUUUUAUGCAUUCCGUAGAUUACGGUACACGAAAAAUGGACAGUUGGCUAUAGCAGGAUUUAGCGACCCGCACAAGGAUGCUUCUGAGGUAGAUCUUCGGUUAUGGUUACCAGGAAAGGACAGUUCCGACACGAAGAAAGACGAAAAGUCCGACAAAAAUGAUAAAGACAAAGGGGAUAAGGAAGAUCUAGAUUUGGAAAUGGCUCACAGAUUACUUCGUCAAGUUGGGGAUCAAUUUUGUGAUCUGUUGCAUCAGGAGAAGGAUGCUCUCCAACAGCACAUGGCAGAAGCAAGUUCGGGACUUGUAGACGGAACAGUAGCUUGGAAGCGAGUGGUCCAGGGUGUCCGAGAGAUGUGCGACGUCUGCGAGACGACCUUAUUCAAUUAUCACUGGGCUUGCGGUAAAUGCGGCUUCGUUGUGUGCAUCGAUUGUUACAAGGGGCGCAAGAACGGGACGAUCAAGAUUUGGGGAGAGAGUGGAAAGGAUAGAGACGAUUUUUCGUGGCUGUUGUGCACCAACAGACAAGUACACGAACCUGAACGACUUAUGCUCACGCAAAUUAUUGCUGGCGAUAGCUUGAUACGUCUCGGGCAACGAUUACACGAAUGCAGGGCAGAAUGGGGAAUCCCCCAACACUGUGGUUGUUCCCUUGUCGUUCAGACUCCCCCCAAUGAAUAUCUGAGAAACAUGAUAAAGGGUGAUUCGAUGCCGGUUCUGAAUGGUAACGUAAAACAGGAAGUGAAAGAAGAGAAAAAAGUGAACGAAUCAAACGGUUCGUCGGAGAACAAAACUAACGGAGAGGAUAAAAAUUCUCCGCUAAAUUGGCUGGCAGAUGUGGCACUGCAAAAUCAGGAUAAAAACGAAAGUGGUUCUAGUUCAGAUUCUGACGAGGAUCGAGAUGGAAAUUAUUCGACUCUCAGAGAACUACUCAUACGACCGUCCCACAAAUCAAACGGCAGUGGCUCCAGGUCAAAUUCACCCACGAACAAUUCAGGAAAUGUUAACGUUACUUCGUCUGGAAACAACGCGCAGAACAAUGUAGCGAAGUCUGGAAAGAAGUCUAAAAUGGAUACCUUGGACGAGGUAAUCUCCAGCGUGAUCGAGCACAGCGUGAAGAAGGAGAGAGAAGGUGGACUGGUGGACGACGAGAAACCCAGAGAACUGAAACACUUCGUCAGAAGAUACAAAUGGACGCAAAAAGGAAGGGAACCAUUGCCGAUCAGGAUUAUGACGCUGACCGAAAGCAAGAGCCUCUACCCUGACGUGCCGCACUCUUGGCUCUGUGACGGCAAGCUGCUCAGGUUAAACGAUCCGAACAGCCCCAACAAUUACAGAAUAUUUCAGGAUCAGUGGAAACGAGGACAGCCAGUCAUCGUGUCGGAUGUCGCGAAAUCUUUGGACAUGAACCUCUGGCACCCUGACUCGUUCGCCAGAGACUUUGGAGACGAGAAAAACGAUCUGAUCAAUUGCAUGACUGGAAAUCUGGUACCGAAUCAACCUAUGCGUAAAUUCUGGGAAGGAUUCGAGCAUUUCUCGAAGAGAUUGAAGGAUGAGAGGGGGAAUCCUAUGUUGCUGAAGUUGAAGGAUUGGCCACCUGGUGAGGACUUUGCGGAAUUAUUGCCAUCGAGAUUCGCGGAUUUAAUGAAGGUGCUGCCAUUAUCGGAGUACACGCAUAGAAAUGGAAGAUUGAAUCUAGCCAGUCGUCUACCAGACUGCUUCGUGAGACCAGAUUUAGGUCCCAAAAUGUAUAACGCUUAUGGUUCUGCUCUCCAUCCAAACAAGGGCACGACCAAUCUUCACCUAGACAUUUCUGAUGCAGUUAAUGUGAUGGUUUACGUAGGAAUUCCAAAAGAUGCUGACAACGACGAACACGUCAAAGAAGCACUAAGGGCGAUAGACGAAGCCGGCUGUGAUAUUCUGACACGACGACGUGUUCGUGAACGAGGAGAAGCCCCAGGCGCGCUGUGGCACAUCUAUGCAGCUCGAGAUGCCGACAAAAUUCGGGAUCUUUUGAAUGCGGUGGCUUUGGAGCGUGGAGCUCGCUUAGAACCUCAUCACGAUCCAAUCCAUGAUCAGAGCUGUUAUCUCGAUGGACCUUUGCGAGAGCGGCUGUACCGCGAAUACGGUGUCGAAGGAUACGCUAUCGUACAGUGUCUAGGCGACGCUGUGUUCGUGCCAGCUGGUGCCCCUCAUCAAGUCCGUAAUCUUCACAAUUGUAUAAAGGUAGCCGAAGAUUUCGUAUCUCCAGAGAACGUUUCCCAUUGCUUCCACCUGACCCAAGAAUUCCGCGCGCUCUCUGACACGCACACGAACCACGAGGACAAGCUGCAGAUCAAGAACAUAAUCUAUCACGCCGUGAAGGAUUCCCUGACCGUUCUGAGUAACGUGAAGGAAGAGACUCUUGCCAAGCUGAAGGCGAAUAACGAGAUGAAGAAAGAGGAGACGUAGCCCUAGGCCCCCUGUCGCGCUCGUAAGAGCCGUUGAUCGUUGUUUGAUUAAAGUCUCUCGCUAUAACUAGUGAGUGCAGAAACCUGUUGCCGGCCGGCCCUGUCUCGUCCUCCCGAGUCGGCGUGUACGCGUCUGGAUCAGAAUCGGGAAGACACAGGAGGAUGAUUAAAUAUCUAAGAUGCUCCGGAAGCCUGUUUAUAAUCGAGGUGCAAGAAUUUGUUGUGAUAUUUGACGAGUAACUCAAAAGUUUGAUAAUUUCUUUCGGGUAUUGGCUGAGCCAAUGAGAUUAUUCGUUAUUUCAUUUUUUCAAUUUUUCCUUUUUCACAUGUAACGUGUAACAUUGUUCUUUCCUUUCUCUUCGAGCAACGUCGUGCUUGGCGGACAUGAAAUCCGCGAGUGAUUUUCUUUUUCCUUUUCAUUCAAUUGAAAAAUAAAAAUAUGGAAUUAGUGGGCGGAACACGUCGUGCUCGCCACACGUCCAUUGUCAUUGUGAUACCAUACGAAGGGGGACUUUUUGGAUCAUACAUUAUUUGUAAUUACUUAUAU